UGUCUCUUCACCAACGAAUCGGAUGGCCAUUCUUCUCUUCUGGGCUUCAAGCUCGACGGGAUCCCAGUCUACGGUCCCUUCCAGUCUGUGAAUCAGUUUCCGAGCGACUUGGACGAAUGCGGCGGGCAUGUAGAUCCUGUCCACAAGUUCUAUCACUAUCACGCCGUCCUUGACAGACCUCAACUGAUGAGUUGCUUCAAGGGAUGUGUC